GUUGAGGUGUAUGGGUCUGCACCCAGUGCCAUCUUGGGCAGUGCAGGGAUUCAAAUCUGCAAACUUCCAAUGAGUAACAUGCAAAGCCUUUACCCUUGAGAUACUACAUUGAGAACUUCUGCAACUGACCCUGAUAUUGCAGGUUUUGUCUCGCUUCAACAAGACCGGACACAUCUGUAUGAGAAAAAUCACUAACAGCUGGAAUCAAGUUUCUCAUGCGCUUCGAGAAAAUCUCACAACUUGAGUGUGUAUAGAGACAGAAAGUGUGCUGAGACGUCUCCUGGGAUGUGUAAGAAGAAACAAUGGCUAUGCUGAGGAAGAUUAACCGAGCGCUGUCCAUGUUACUCAUCCUGAUGGCUUUGGCUCUUCUCUACAGCAAAAUGUUUAGAGCACAUCAGCCAGAAAAACACUCAGAGCUCAGAGGGAACGAGGCCUCGAACCGAACCCUGGACGAUGAAUCGGAGUCGGAGACAGACAUUCCCAUUGUGAUCUGUGCAGCGGAACAGCGUCUGGGUGCCGCCAUGGCAACCAUCAACAGCGUGUAUAGCAACACACGGGCCAGUGUGUUCUUCUAUAUAGUGACCUUGAGGGAUGCUAUCAAGCUGACAAGGCAGUACAUUAAGAAAACCAAGCUGAAACAGAUCAAAUAUAAGAUCCUGGAGUUCAAUCCUAUGGCACUGAAAGGCAAAGUGAAGCCUGAUACAUCCCGACCAGAUCUCCUCCAUCCUCUGAACUUCGUACGUUUCUACUUACCCCUGCUUACUCUAAGCAAUCAUAAGAAGAUCGUUUACCUGGAUGAUGAUAUCAUCGUUCAAGGAGAUAUCCAGGAGCUGUACAAGAUCAAGCUGCAGUCAGGACACGCAGCAGCAUUCGCUUCAGACUGCGACCUGCCUGCUACACACGAGAUGGUGCGCAGUGUGGGCAUGCAAGCAUCCUACAUGGGUUUCCUGGACUAUCGAAAGCAGGCAGUGCGAGAGCUGGGGAUUAACCCGAGUGACUGCUCCUUUAACCCUGGUGUGUUUGUGGCUGAUAUCGAAGAGUGGAAGAAGCAGAAGAUCACUGUGCAGUUGGAGAAAUGGAUGAGCGUGAACGUUCAGGAAAACCUUUACAGCAGUGCCAUGGCAGGCGGCGUAGCCACCCCUCCUAUGCUCAUAGUGUUCCACAACAAAUAUACAAGGAUCGACCCUAAGUGGCACGUCAGACACCUGGGUUGGAGUCCUGAUGCUCAUUAUCCCCAGUCGGUCCUCAAAGAGGCACAACUGCUUCACUGGAAUGGUCGCUUUAAACCCUGGGACUACCCCUGUGUUCACCUUGACCUCUGGGAGAAAUGGUUUAUUCCUGACCCCUCUGGAAAAUUUGUAUUGUUGCGGCCUGAAAAGUAAAAAAAAAAAAACCUAAGAGACUUUUAUAUACACUAAUUAAUGCGAUGAUUGAAGCCUGGGACAUUAAGAUGUUGUACCUACUGACAGGAAGCGAGUUCAAAUCCCAGGCUCUCAAGUGCCCAGUUACAUAAAGAAGAUAACCAAGUGA